UCUUCCUAAAUGACUCCUUCAUGAGCGAUAUUCAUCGGGAUACUUAUUAGUGGCCCCUCAUACGUCCCUGGAUUAGUACACGAUUAGCUUUCACAUAUUACAGUCAUGUUUUUAAGCUGUAUUUAUUUCUCUAAAUUAAGAUAAUUGUGUAAAAUUGUUUGUAUAUAUUUAUUAAAGAAUAAUUAUGGAUUUUUUGCAUUAUCAGUGCAACGAAGAAAGAUGGGAGCAACAAGUAUUCACUGUAACAGCAUUGCAAAAUAACGUGGAAACUGUGCCAGCGGCUAAGCAGAGGUGUCAAGCUAACGCUCGCGAACGAGACAGGACUCAAAACAGUGUGAACAUGGCGUUUAAUACGCUACGGCUGCUGAUUCCAACCGAGCCGCCCGACAGGAAACUGAGUAAGAUUGAGAUAUUGCGACUGGCUGGCAGCUAUAUCACUCAUCUUGAUAAUCAACUCUAUACAGGUGAAAUGGAGCAACCGUGUCUGCAAAAAAAUGAUGUUCACAAUAAGAAUAGAUCGCUUUGCACUUUCUGCUGGUCGUCGGUGAAGAAAGACAAACCCAUAACAACAUGCAGCUAUUAUAAAUCAUCUUACUGAGGAGAUACGGAAGAUCUGCUUGAUAUCAUAACCCUUCGUUUUGCUUCGCGGUGGUCGGAUGAAAAUAUAAACUAAUUUGCAUUCGUUUGCAGUAUUAUAAAAAAUUAUAAUAAAAUGUUGAAUAUUAUAAUAAUAGUAUAUAAUACUUUUUAAUAUUGUUAAUUAUAUUAAAUACUAGAAUCAGUUGUAAAAACGUAAUUAAUGAGUAAAUAAAAGUAUUUAUGCAUAUAUUAUGUAAUGAUAAAAAAUCUGUAAAACCUCAAAUAACCUUGAAAUUAGGUAUUCGUUAUUAAUAAUUAUAACUAAUCCUUACAG